AUGGCGGACUACUUUUCAGGAACCGCAAGUCAAGAGAGGCAACGUUGGGCGUGCCGCGACUCUAAGAGCCCCAUAGAAGACAGCAUGGACCUUUUACGACUGUUGGAGUACCCACAACUGCUCGGCAAGACCUAUCUCGACCACGCUGGGACAACGCCUUGGGCCAAAUCACUCACCACAGACUUCGCCCAGCUCAUGACAGAGGACCUCUUUGGUAAUCCUCACUCAGAAUCCGAUCCGUCUAAGCUAUCAGAGCAGAAAAUCGAGGCCACACGAAGAAAAGCGCUCGAGUUCUUCAACUGCAACCCGGACGACUGGGAUCUCAUCUUUACUCCAAACUCGACAGGCGCGAUCAAGCUAGUCCACGACUGCUUCAGAGACUAUGCUGCCGAGGCUGGCCGAAACUGGUGGUAUGGCUAUCACAAAGAUGCGCACACCUCAUUAGUGGGUGUUCGAGAAGGUCCUCGGAUGCACCGGUGCUUUCGCAGCGAUAACGAGGUCGAGAAGUGGAUUGACUUCAGAGGCCUCGGGGGUGCCGUGUCGCCGCACAAUGUUCAGUUGUUCGCAUAUCCCGCGCAAUCCAACAUGACAGGCAAACGGUUUCCGUUGGAAUGGUCCGGACAAGUUCGGAAUCGGGUACGUGGGGAGGUGUACACUCUGCUCGAUGCAGCCGCAUAUGCAUCUACGGCGCAGCUCGAUCUGUCGAAUGCCGACGAGGCUCCUGACUUUGUGGCCUUGUCGUUUUACAAGAUUUUCGGCUUCCCGAACCUGGGUGCUCUCAUCGUAAGAAAAGCUUCGUCCAAAACACUGGAGAGUCGCAAGUUCUUCGGUGGUGGUACUGUCGAGAUGGUGAUCUCUGUGAACGACGACUAG